CUGAUUUCUAAGCCCAAAAACUUAUGAUUGUUCAUGCAGGGAGACCGCCGAGAUGACCGUUAUCGUGAUGACAGAAGAAGAAGAGAUGAUCGCGAGUAUCAUUCUAGUUCUCGUAGCUCGAAGAGAUCUCGUUCGGAUUCCAGAGAUGAUUCCCGGAGAAAACGUCGGUCCAGCUCCGGUGAUUAUGACAUCGAAGCCGAACGUCGCCGAAUCGCUGAAUCCAACGCUAGAAUCGAACGCCAGCAACGUAAAGACCGAGAACGAGAAGAAGAAAGCAAACGUCGAAAGGAAGCUGAGAAUCGUAAACAGCGCAAAGUAAGUUCUAAACCUGAUUUGAAACCCGAGUCUAAGUCUAAAAAGAAAAGCGUUACCGAGCCUGAUUCGAAAUCUAAAUCCAAAAAGAAAAGUAAAGCACCUAAGUAUAAACCUGACUCAAGUACAAGUACGAACACCGCCCCUCCACCCCCGAUUAAUCCGCCUGUGCAAAACGAACCAGCGAAGAAAAAGAAAAAGAAGAAGAAGAAAUCAGCUGAUAAAGUUCCCGAAACGAAUACAGCAUCCCAGCAACCAUCGAACCGAUCGUUAGAUGUUGAGACAAUUAGCAACCUGAGUCAACCGAGUGUCUCAACGCAACAACCUGAACCGACUAGUCAACCUGCACCGAUUCGUCAACCCGAAUAUGUCGAAGUUACUCCCGAAUUACGUUCGAUAAUUAACGUUCCCGAAAAUGCCACGAAUUUGGAAAAGGAAGACCUAUUGGGACGUUUGACUAGCCUGAGUGUUUUGGGACAACAAGCUGCGACGAUGCUGAAUAACCUGAAACGUAAAGCUGAACCCGAAUCAACUCCCGAACCCCGAAUUUUGAAGAAAAGAGCUCCGACUCCGAAACCGACCAUUAGUGACGCUAGCGACAAUGAAGUAAGCGGAAAUGAGAAGGACGAGAAGUCAAAUUCAGAAGAGAGUUCGGAUAGCUCAGAUGAAGAAGAAGAAGACGAGGAGAAAGAAGAUAGUUCGGAUUCGGAUUCUGAUUCAGAUUCUGAUUCGAGCUCUGACGACGAAAGCGAUAAUGACAAAGGAGGGAGCGGAGCGGGUGGAACUAGCAACCACUCCUCCCCUUCUGCCUCACCUCCCGAACCGCCGAAACAAAAAGAAAAGACGAAGGAAAAAUCGAAGGAGAAGAAGAAGACUAAAUCCAAAAAGAAGAAGAAACGUCACACACUUAACCCGAAUAUGCUUCGAAGUCAACACGAGUCACGCACGGUGCUCACUAAGACGACCCGAAUUGACACGUGGUAUAAGAUGCUGGAGAUGGAUGCGAAGAUGUACCUGAUCGACAUACAUAAACGGAAAACCGAGAAGAAAGCUGCAAAGAUCGAAGAGGAGCAGCUUAUGAAUAUGGUUUUGCACAGGUUGGACCCCCACUACCUUCCCAAAGUAACCAUGAUUACACCUGUUGAGAAGGUGAUUGAAAAACUGUUCGAGAUAAGGCGAACCGAGCGUAACGUGAGUCGUUCAUCAGUUAAGUCUGAGUUCAACAAACUCACUCUCGUAAGAGGUGAAAAGUUGGACGAUUUCUUCAACCGAUUGGACGAGUUAUUGCUCGAUUACAAAAUGCAAACCAAAUCCGAAAUACCCGAAUCUGAUGUUUAUGAUCGUUUAGUUGAGGCGACUGAAAAUAUUUACCCGAAUGUCAAGACUAUCCUAAAAGCCCGAGGUACAAAUCAACCUUCCAUACCUGACCUGAAAAUCUUAUUGUUGCAGGAAGAAUCCGAAAAAUACCGGAAGCCGGAAGAGGCGAACUUAGCGUUUUACCGAAACCCGAAUCCCCGACCACCUCCGCCACCGAAUGCUGCCCACGUAGCCCGACCGCCGCCGCAUAAUUGUUACAAUUGCAGCAGUCCGUAUCAUUAUGUUUGGGAGUGCCCGGACUGGGACAAAGGCCCGAGAUGCUUCAGAUGCGGAGAGUGGGGUCACCGAAGCAAAGAUUGCCCGAACGAAUACAGGGAUUAUCGCUCAGGUAAACAACAACACCGAAAUAAUCGUAGACCUUUCCGUCCCCGAAAUCCAAAAUUCCGCCCGAGAAAUAACUACCGAGAUCGUCGCCCGAACCAGUAUUCGAGGAACAAUAGAAACUAUCGUAAUGAUAGGGGCUAUAAUUCCAAGAAAAACUGGCAGACGGACAGACGCAAGCCACCGAAGUCGAAUUGGAGGAAAAAGGGCAAAGGCUAUCAAGGAAAUAAAGACCCGAAGAAACAGAUCCCGAAGAAAGAACCUAAGUCUACACCCGAAACUAAGAAAUAA